UUAACGUCAAAAUAAUAAAAUUUUAUUCUAUCUACAUUUUUUCACUUUAUAUUUGAAUAUUUUACAAACAAUGGACAUUUCUUCUCUAACCGACAGAUUGGACUCUCAAAGUUCGAGUACACAUUUCAUGCUGAAGGAUAAAAGAGCUCAGAGCUUGCAUCAGUUAGCGCUGCUGAACCCCGUAGACGAGGAGUCUAGCCAAAGUGAAGAGAGUGUUGAAAUAGUGAGCACUUUAGGUGCCGCCAUCGAAAUAAACCGCGCCAUAGCCGUGUUCAUGAUAACCUUCAAACUGUUAACAUACACAGCGAUAUUGAUAGUAGUACUGAAAGUAGAUGCCUUGAUAUACGAGAUUCUAGAUACAACCGAAGAAUAUGCAAAACAUAUAGGAGAUAUUCCACGCUGUAUCAAAACCUUCGUGGCCACCUGCAUAAUUAUUACGUGUAUUGUUUGUCUAUUGGGGUACUACGGCAACGCACGGCUAAAACUGCAUCUUCUAGCCUACUACCUAUUUUACUUGAUACUAAUGCUCGCGAUGUGCAUGUUUUGUUUCGUUGUCUUCUCUACCACAAACCCCGAAGACCAUGAUCUAGCGACACUAUUCAAAAAUUUUUCUUCAAAUUCGAGAGCAAAAACCGCCGUGUAUACGUUACAAAAACAGUACCAGUGUUGUGGAUCGAAGUACCACAGCUCGGAUACUGAAAAAUAUCAACUGAGUUGCUGUAAUACUACAACAAUAGACAAUUCAACAAAAUGCAUAGCCGACCAAACGUUCAACAACACCUGCCGCACCGACAAAAUGACUGUUUUAAAAGCUUACGCCAAAGUAUACGACACACGUGUGCGGGAUGCGUACAUAAGUGGAUUCGCACUCAUCAUGUGUUUCGAAAUUUUUCUUACUGCACAUAUGAUGUACUAUCUUCGCAGACGGACCAGGCACGACAUUCUACUAUCAAGCUUUAAAUAAAUCAAAUUGUAUGCA